UUUCCUUCCUUGGUUUUUCUCCUCUCUCUUCUCUCUCCUCUCUCGCAUAUAAUGACCAGAACACGAUCGACAAUGUUCUCAAAAGCUCUUCCUACUCUUCCCUUUGAAGCUUCAGCGCUUCUUCUAAAAUUUGGAAAAUCAGAUAUUUUGAAGCUACUUUUGUACGAGAAGACGAAAGACUUUCUAGUUCCACUCUAACAGAGUCACAAACCAAGCAGCCGAUACCAAAACCACUUUUUAUAGCUUGUGCUGAGGUGCUUCAGCGGUUUAUGUGGCAUAUGGCCGGUUUUUUGUUCUGAAAACCGCGUUUCGUUGGUGGGUUACUGGAGAUUGGGUUUCUGGAAGUGUGGGAAUUUGGAAUUCUGAAGUUGGAAGGUGGGCUGGCCAAGUGAAGGAAGGACCAACGAAGAUAAGAUCUGAACGUGUGUUUCGUUGUUUUGCUCAAGGAGGAUAGGGAAUGGAUCUGGAAGCUUGGUUUUAAGCAUCGAAAGUAGCAUUUUCUCCCAUUCCUAUAUUGUGAAGCUUUUGAAAAUUUGAACUUCGUAAAUGGAUUGAAGCAGCAUCCUCAUAUGCAAUGUCAAAAGCGGUAGCUUGUGGGCUGUUGAUUUCUUGUCUCCUCCUCUCUGUUUCCGCCAUUGACAAUGGAUACCCCCGCUGUAACUGCGAAGAAGAAGGCUUCUUGAGCGUGGAGAACAUCCUAGAUUGGCAGAGAGUGAGUGAUUUCCUGAUCGCUCUGGCUUACUUUUCGAUCCCCAUUGAGCUCCUUUACUUCGUUAGCUGCUCCAACUUCCCCUUCAAAUGGGUCCUUUUUCAGUUCAUAGCUUUCAUUGUCCUCUGCGGGCUGACCCAUUUGCUCAAUGGCUGGACUUACGCUCCACACCCAUUCCAGCUGAUGCUGGCCCUUACCAUCGCCAAAUUCCUCACUGCUCUGGUCUCCUGUGCCACUGCCAUAACCCUUAUAACCCUUAUACCUCUGCUACUCAAAGUGAAGGUUAGAGAGCUUUUCUUGAAGAAGAAAGCUUGGGAGCUGGAUAGAGAGGUGGGAAUGAUGAAGAAGCAGAAGGAAGCCAGUUGGCAUGUCCGGAUGCUGACCCAUGAGAUUAGGAAGUCACUUGAUAGGCAUACGAUAUUGUACACCACUCUGGUUGAGCUUUCCAAGACUUUGGACUUGCAGAACUGUGCAGUAUGGAUGCCCGAUGAGAAUAAAACUGAAAUGCACCUCACUCAUCAGUUAGAGGGAUCUUCCAAUUCCUAUCAUAACGCUAUUCCAAUCAGUGAUCCAGAUGUCCAGAAGGUCAAGGAGAGUAAGGGAGUGCAGAUCCUUGGGGCUGAUUCGGCCCUUGGGAUCGGAAGCAGUGGUGGGUCUGGUGAGCCGGGGGUGGUUGCGGCAAUACGAAUGCCAAUGCUGAAGGUGUCAAACUUCAACUUCAAAGGGGGCACGCCGGAGCUUAUUCAACAAUGUUAUGCAAUGCUGGUUUUGGUUCUUCCAAACACACCAGCUAGAGUUUGGAGUUACCAUGAGCUGGAGAUUGUUGAGGUGGUUGCUGAUCAGGUAGCCGUUGCACUAUCCCAUGCCGCAAUUUUAGAAGAAUCACAACUCAUGACGGAGAAAUUGGAGGAGCGGAAUAGGGCAUUGCAACUGGCUAGGAAGAAUGCGAUGAUGGCAAGCCAAGCGAGGAACUCAUUCCAGAAGGUGAUGAGCCAUGGCAUGAGGAGGCCAAUGCACUCAAUCUUGGGCCUACUUUCUAUGAUGCAACUUGAGAAUAUGCGCAGUGAACAGCAGAUUAUUGUUGAAGCUAUGACGAAGACCAGCAGUGUCCUCUCAACUUUGAUUAAUGAUGUUAUGGAGAUUUCAAACUCAGACAAGGGAAGGUUCCCAUUAGAAAUGAGGCCUUUCCAGCUACAUUCUCUGGUGAAGGAAGCAGCUUGCCUUGCCAAGUGUCACUGUGUUUGUAAAGGUCUUGAUUUCAGUAUUGAGGUAGAUAACUCGGUUCCUAAUUGGGUGCUGGGUGAUGAGAGGAGAAUUUUUCAGGUGAUUCUACAUAUGUUUGGGAAUCUUUUGGAUGGGUGUUAUGGAGGAGAAUCCAUAACCUUCAGGGUCCUUUCAGAGAUUGGAAAUGAGGGAAGUAAUGAGAAACAAUGGGCAAUGCGGAGACCAAACUCUUCAGAUGAGUAUGCUUCUAUAAAGUUUGACAUUGGGAUUGACAAUAACUGUACUCAAUCAGAAGGCUCAGUCUUAAUGACACAGCUUGCAAGGGAGGGGAUUGAAGGAGGCCUGAGUUUCACCAUGUGCAAAAAACUUGUGCAGAUGAUGCAAGGUAACAUCUGGGUUCUCCCAAACACUCAAGGCCUUGCACAAAGCAUGACACUCAUCCUUAAGUUCCACCGACAACCACCAGUUGGGAGGGGAGUCUUCCACCCACAAGGAUCCUCAGAGCACAUAUUUUCAGAGUUCAAAGGCCUUCAAAUUGUAUUAGUUGAUGAUGAUGAUAUUAACAGGGCUGUUACGCGGAAGCUUCUUGAGAAGCUCGGUUGCUGUGUAUCAGCUGUUUCAUCAGGCUUUGAAUGCCUCAGUGCUCUAGGCCCCUCUGGGACUAGAAUUCAAAUUGUUAUCUUGGAGCUCCACAUGCCUGAGAUGGAUGGGUUUGAAGUUGCUACAAGGAUCCGAAAGUUCCGGAGCUGGAGUUGGCCAUUGAUUGUAGCUCUUACUGCUAGUGCUGAUUUAAAUUUGUGGGAGAGAUGCCUGCAGGUUGGAAUGAAUGGUGUCAUUCGAAAACCAGUUCUGUUACAAGGUAUUGCAGAAGAACUCCGGAGAGUCCUCCAACUGGCAGCCAAAGGGGUGUGAAGAAGUCUCUAAAGUUAAAUAUGCACAUCAAGCAGUCAAUAUUCUUACCAA